AUGGAAUAAUAAUCUAGUUAAAGUUAAAUUAUUUCUUAAUACUCAACAAGUAUUUAAUCGGAGAAAGAUUCUUCAACGGAUAAAGAAGAAAAAAAUAAGAUUAUAGUGCGUUAGUAAGGUAAGAUAUGUAAAAAAAGAAGGAAAAGAAGAGUUAGAUUGAUUGGGGUUCCUCUAAUAAUUAGAAAUAUAUUGCAAACAAAUUCUGAUCCAAUAUACGUUUAUUAUCUCAUUAAAAUGAUGAAAAGAUAUGAUCCCGAUGAGUUAGAGAAAUAUAAGUAUUUUGGUAUUCAGUCAGCUGGAGUUGGAAGAAUAGUAAGCAUCUAAUUAGAUAAAAUUAAUAGAUUUAUUGACAUUGAGCUAAAUAUGUAAUCGCUUGGAGAUCAAAAUUUUUAGCAUCUAAUUUAACUUUAUAAAUCUUAUUAAAAUUAAGAUUAUUUUGAUCUCGCUGUACUUUUGGAAUAAUAUCAAUAUCACGUUUACUUAUAAUUUAAUAAAAGUUUAUCCUUAUUGGGAUUAUAAGAUUAUAACUUGCCAAAUCUAUAAACUAAAAUAGAUGAAGAAUUCAUUGAUUUUGAGAGAAGUGUAAAAAAUUGGGCUAACAAAACUAGAGAAAGUGAAAUCAUGAUAAUAGCUCUGGGCAAUAUAAAUUUAGAAAAAAAAUUCCCAUAAUUAAAAAAAUAAAUAUUUUCAUAAAAUUUGAUUAAUUUUGUAAGCGGAGAUUUGUAAACAACUUACGAAAAAAUUAUUAAUUAUAAAAAUUAUGAUUUCCUUACAAAUUUUUUAAGAGACUUAGAUGAAAUAGGGGGAAAUGGAAGGGAGGAAAUGGAAAGAUCUAAAUUUAUCUUAAAACAGUCAAUGAAAGAUUUUAAUGAAUUUGAGUUUGAGUUUGAAGAUAAAAUCAUAACUUUGGAUGGAUUUAAGUUACCUUGUAAAAUAAAAGUCGAAUUAUUCUUCUAUGAUAAUGAAACAAAAUAAAUAUCUAAGAAACCUGGAUUAUAUUAUUUUUUAGUAAAUCAUUUAAAUUUUGAUCUGGAAGUAAUAUAGUAUUUAAUUGAAAUGCGCCUGAAAAAUCAAUAAAAUAGUUUAUAAAUUUUCAACUAAACAUUCAGAGAAGCAUAUGAUCACAUGAACUUUGAGUAUUAAUGCUAUUAAGAGUAUUUUUUAGAGAAAUUUUAUAACAAUAAAAGACAUUAUCUUGAUUUUAAUUGA